AGAAGAAAAAAGGAAGACCUGCGCAUGCGCUCUUUUAUGCCUCGAAAUUUCUAGUCUGUUCCUAGCAUUUCUCCAACUUUAGAUUUUAGGGGUGGUAUAUAUUGAUGUUAUAGUCCACAAGAAAGGCAGUGUUUAUAAUAUAUCGGCUAAUUCUUAAUUGGCGCACCAAAGAACUUCCUUAACAAUUCUAUUCUGACUGGAUAGUGGUUUUUAAUCAAGGCAGUCAAAGAGGUAAGAAAAUGCUCUUCCGUCAGAAAUGAAAAUCAUCAUGGUAUCCCUCUUCAGUUUCAGUGUCUUCAGUCUUCUACUUUUUUUUUUUUUUUUGGGUCUAAUAAAAUGAAAACCCGAUGAAUUCUAAGACAAGAUUAUUUAUACUUCUUUGUUCAUUGUUACGAUUUAUUUAGAUCUAGGAAGUUUAACAAGAAAACUGACUAGAUAGAGACUUUUUAGUCUGCCGGAUCAGGAAUUAAAAUUAAAAUUUUGGGGUCAUGCAGGGUAGGCUUAUACUUUAUACUUUAUACUAUACUACUUUUUAUGCCUUAUAACUUAUACAAAAUUAUCAAUAUACAUAAUAUACUCAACUCAUACAUGGUUAAUCAUGUUUUUUUAAAGUUUAAGUUACUAUCUAACAGUAUGUAAUUUUUAUGGACAUGGCCUACCUAUCAAUGAGAUGUUUUUUCACAUACUUUUAACUUUUAACUGAUCAUGACCUUUUGCAAUUAAAGUUUAAAGUUGUGUUUUAAAUUGGAUACUUAAAGUAAGUUAAAUUAGGUACUUCUGGUACUGUUUUUGAGACUUUUGAGUACUUAGACAGAAAUUUUAAAUAUCCGGUUGCCAUAAAUUUUAAACUAUAAAUGACAAAAAAUGAUUCAUCAUUUAAAAUAAAUUUAAAAUAAAAUAGGCUACUAGGGUACUUUUUCCAUACGCGUUUAGUAGGGCAAAAUUUUUCAAAAUGAAGUUUCAACAUUAAGACUAAGAGCUAGUUGUUUAGAUAGUUAAGAUAGUGCCUGAAAACUGCAAUUCAUUGAUAACAAAUUUAUGGUUGUAGGUUAAUUCUUAAAAAAGAGUGUGAUUUUUUUAUGAACUUUUUUGGAAUGACUCUGUUAAUGGAGACAAACUGGACUCUGGAAAGUAUUAAAAAAAUGACCAACAUAAAAACUGGGCAGAGAUUUAAGAUAGAAGUGUCUACAUGUCUGCGACCGGAUGAAUAAGUUCUCAAGAUAUUCGCCCUGUGACCAAGUCACAUGACUGCUGUAACAAAGUUGCGCUGGAUAGAUUGUCUGUCACUCUUGUCACAUGACCACUAAUAGUCAGACAAAUGGCGUCAAGAGAUGCAAAUGGGCGACGAGUUCACUUUAUUUCAACAAGUGGGGGGGUAAAGCUAUGGAUACUAGAAGGAGAAAUACUGAGAUUCAGAGAGAAAGCGACAGGGCGGUGGAUAGUUCACAAAGAAAUAGACCCUACAUCUUAAUAUAGGCAUAGGGCCAAUAUGGUGUGCUGUUGGGGUAGCCUACUUCUCAUGCAAUAUUAAUUGCCUUAAAUAAAAAAAAAUUUGAGGUAGGUCUAUUGAAAGUCAACUGGCAAGUAUUGGUCUUAUUUUGUUUGGUUCAUAUUUUAAAUUUAGGUUGCUAGGUAGAGCUUUGUAAGAUAUUUAACCAAUUACAGACUUUUUUUUUAAUAGUCUGAUUCAAAUAGACUAGAAUACAUUCUUUAGGCCUUCUACUAAUAGUAUUUUAAUAGUUUUAAUUCGGAGUCAAACUUUUAUGAUACACUUUUUGUAUCUCAGAUCAUUUGAAAAUAUUAACAUAUUCAGUAUUUAUUUAUCUAGGGAUCGGCUGAGCGAAUUAACAGUGGUUUCCGACUUCUCUAUAUGACAAAGGAUUAUCCAUUGUGUUUGCCUUGAAGAUAGGACUGACUGACAUAAUAAGACUAUUCAACCUACUGCAUUGUUUGUUUGAAAUAUGUCAUGAAAUUCUUUCUGGCUUAAGUUUUUCACAUUACCAAACUAAAUUAAAAUGGAGUGCAUAAUGCUUAUUUUCUUAAAUUGGACUCAUCUCUAGAAACUUUAAUUAUCAAUUUGACCUUUUUUUCUGUUUCAGCUUCCUGUGAAAGGUCUCACACACAAAUAUAAAAGUAUUGUUUUACAUUGAAAAAUGGUGAAAGAAACUGGCUAUUAUGAUAUAUUGGAAGUUAAACCCACAGCUACAGAUGCAGAGUUAAAAAAGGCAUAUAGGAAAUUAGCUUUAAAGUAUCACCCUGACAAAAAUCCAGAUGCUGGGGACAAGGUAUGUGCUAAAAAGUUAAUUUUUGUAAACCUUUUGUUUUUCUUCUAUAAAUAUGUGGGAUAAAGUCUAACUGAUUUUCUAAGUUUGCAUUUCAUAACAUCUUUUUUAUUUUAAAUUGUGCAUUUGUAUUUAUAUAUGCAUUAUCAUUGUUUUCCAACAGUUCAAGCAGAUAAGUAUGGCGUAUGAGGUACUUUCUGAUCCAAAGAAAAGAGAAAUUUACGAUAAAGGGGGAGAAGAAGCUAUAAAAGGUGGAGCAUCAGGUGGUGGAUUUGACUUUCAUUCUCCUAUGGACAUCUUUGAUAUAUUCUUUGGUGGUGGUGGGGGUCGACGAGCUGCACAAAGAGGACCUAGAAAGGGGAAAGAUGUAAUUCAUCAAAUGAAAGUAAGACUUUCUUGUCUUGGUCAUGUUUUGGUUAUAUAGCUCUGUAUGAAUUCUAUCUUUGAAACUGUACCAUGCCAUAAAAGGCAGCGUUUAAAGAUAAGAAAUUUCUAGUUUUUUCAUUUUAUUCAAAACUUAUGCUCUUAUUCUUAUUGUGGUUUGUUAGGUACAUGCUACAUUGGGAUGGUAGCCCUUUUUGCAAUACUUAAUUAACCUCACCAAAAAUUAGUGUAAUAUUAAUUUUCAAUUCUCUGUAGACCAUAUUAAAAAUUGAUUGUAUAUUUUACAUGUAAAUGGAUUCUGAUAAUUGUGAUUUAUUUUAACUAGCAGGUAUGCUUGAGAAACAAUAAUUGAAAAGCUACCUGGUUUGUAUUCUUGGCAGCUCCUCUCAUGCAGAGAUCUCAGUUAUAGGAUUAUGAAUGAACAUAACUCACUCACACCUAGUAGGAUAAAUUUAGCAUCUUUUUACUCACAAUUGUUAGUCACUGUUUUUUUUUGUGUGUAUAUUUAGGGCAAUGAAAUAAUAUCCUACUCACAAUUGUUAGUCACUGUUUUUUUUUGUGUGUAUAUUUAGGGCAAUGAAAUAAUAUCCGGGGAUCUUUCCUUCCAUAGGUUUCUCUGGAAGAUUUAUAUCAAGGAACAGUUAGAAAAUUAGCCUUACAGAAAAAUGUGAUCUGCAACAAAUGUGAAGGUAAAUUAUUAGUUUAUCUUUAAAAAAAUUCUUUGUUGUUCAAGUGCAAUUUCUGAUAGAGCAAGUACGUUUUUAAUAUGAAAUACUUAAGGAUCCUACUUUAUUAUGUCUUCACUUUUGUUCCAAAACAUAGCACGACAUUUAACAAAGUUAAGCCCUGUCACCAUGAUGGGUAUUUCAGUUGUGAUUUUUUGGGGUCGAAUUUUAAGAUCAGCUGUAGAUGGCAUGGCAGAACAUCAAAAUUAAAUUUUGGGGUCAUCCUAUUUUUAUUAUUGGUGUUUAAAGGGGUUUGAAAUUUUAAAUCGGCCAUGUAUAACUGUUGUGUUUACUUCUACAGGAAGAGGAGGAAAAGAGGGUUCCGUGCAGAAAUGCACCAACUGUCGUGGUACAGGAAUGCAAGUACGCAUACAGCAGUUGGGGCCUGGUAUGGUGCAACAGAUUCAAUCAGUGUGUGGCGAGUGUAGAGGUGAAGGUGAAGUCAUUGAUCCUAAACACAGAUGUAAAACUUGCAGUGGGAAAAAAAUUGUGAAAGAGCGUAAAAUUUUGGAGGUGCACAUUGACAAAGGUAAGAUAUUUCUCAUUAGGACAUUUUUAUUUUGUUAGCUCAGCAGCUUGAACUUAAGAAAGCGAUAAUUUUUUUGCCUCAAUAUUUUUUAAUGUGUAAAAAAUGUCUUUCAUUUAAUGAUUUACAUAAAAUAACUAAGGUAGUUCCGUAUAAUUUCCAUGAGAUUGUUUGAGGGUGAUCUUCAAUUUAUAAUAUGAAGCAAGUCCUUGAUAAGGAAAUAUUUGAUUUUAAUAUGAAUGAAUCAUUGAAAGUUCAGUGUCUAUUUCAUUUGAAAAAUAAAUCAAAACUAAUUGUAAAUUAUUUUGUUUCAUAAAAAUAGGUAUGCGUGACAAUCAACAAAUUCGUUUCUCUGGUGAGGGGGACCAAGAACCUGACCUUGAACCAGGGGAUAUUGUUAUUGUACUAGACGAAGAAGAACAUGAGAGAUUCCGCCGGCGUGGCCAUGACCUCAUUAUGACAAUGAAUCUGGAAUUAGUUGAAGCAUUGUGCGGGUUUCAGAAAACUGUGCAGACUCUAGAUGCCAGGACAUUGGUUAUCACUAAUUUACCUGGUAUGUUUUUUUUUAAUAUUCACAUUAUAUUUUAGCAGGGUUGAUAUAUUUGAUUUUUUAAAAAAAAACAAUGUGUCAGCUAAAAGUAGAGAAAAGAUUAUUAAUUAUUGGCAACCAGAGAACUUAAAACUGAUUUCUUGCAGCCUGUGAUUUGACAAGAUACAUAUAUUGUCUUUGUGGAUUUGUGAUUUGGCUGAUAUAUUCUUUUAUAUUUAUAUAUUGAACAAAUAUGACAGUCCUAACUGAAGAAAGUCACUGGGAUGAAACCUUUGGUACCAGCUCUGGGUCUAGUGUCCUGCAUCACUCAGCUUACUUUAUACCAUGAGUUUAUUGCCAUUAAAUUUUUCACAGAGAAGCAGGCAAUUUUCAAGCCACUGGCCUAAUUGAGGAGACCACACUGAUGAUAGGACAUUGUGUAGAGAAUUGAAAUCAUCAUAACCUUGGAAAAUAAUGCAAUUAUAAAUAAAAAACGAUUUCCAAACUAAAUGCAAUUAUCUCAUGUUUAAAAAAGUUAAUUUUCAUACUAAAACAAAUGAUGCUCAAAGCAGAGCUAUAUUUCUCAAUAUCCUGUGAUUCCCUGAGUAAAUUUUUCUCAGUAUCUCAAGUUGACAAGUGUUGUUUAUAUUCUCUGAUGUAUAGAAUUUCUCAGAAUGUUCACAAUUUUUUAUCUAACAGUCAAAUUUUUCCUCAGGUGAAGUUAUUAAACAUCAGGAUGUCAAGUGUGUCAUGGGGGAGGGAAUGCCAGUUUACAGAGACCCUUUUGAGAAAGGACGACUCAUUAUUCAAUUUUUGGUGAACUUCCCUGAAAAAAUCUCUCCCAGUGACAUUCCUACAUUAGAAACAGUUCUGCCACCAAGACAGGUAAAAUUUGUUUUAAAAAUCUAACAUAUUUAAUGUGAGCUGGUGAGGUUGAUUUAUAGAUUUAAAAAAAAAAAAAAAUCUGUUAAGGGUUGAUUGGAAUGUUUCAAGAUCAUGGUGGCAUUGGUAAAUUAAAAUAACAUUAUUGCUCCUGAAGAGCUCUUACUUUGUUACGAGUUAACUAUUGAUAAUGAGGGACUUAAAAUAAUCCCUCAUCAGUCUUUUAUAAGGAUAUCCUUGGAAUGAAAAUUUUUUUUUGAUUGCACAGGAAAUUAUAAUACCAGAUUCAGCUGAGGAGUGUACUUUACAAAAUUUUGAUUCAAGCCAGGAUCACGUACAUCAUAGAGGAAGUCAUCCAGGUGAAGCCUAUGAUUCUGAUGAUGAACAUCCUGGAGGUCAGCGGGUACAGUGUGCAUCUCAUUAAUGAUGUCUUAAAUAGAUUUUGUAGAGUAAUUGUUUUUUUUUUUUCCAAACAAAGAAUCCAUCGUGUAAUGAAUGCUUGAAAAAGAAACUGUCGGAAAUUUGCAAUGCUUAUAUCCCCCGUGGAUGUUCCUGUUUGUAAGAUGUUAACUAGGGAAAAUGUCCUAUACCGGUUAUUCAAAAUUACCCUUCUGCAUCAAUAGUUAUUUUGUAAAAGAAGAUCAUUAUUUUAAAAGACAUUCCUUUUAUUUCAGCCUUUUGUAAAGUGAGAAAAGAUAUUGUAUGCUUGCUUUUUGUUUUUAAAUCACGUUUAAUUAUGAACAAUUAAUAAGCAGCGGAAUAUUAGAUGAAAAUAUUAAAUUAUUUAGCAUAUUUUCUGUUUAUUUUUUUUUUAAAGAAGUUUUUGUUUAAUUUUACUUUCAUUUAAUUCUUUUUUAAAAAGUAUUUGCAUAUAUUUUAUUAAAUUACACAAUCUUAAGACAAAUUACCUUACGAAAAAGAUGAAUACCUGACAAUUAAAGUUACAAUAUGCAACAUCACUAAGCCAGUAACUCAUUAAAAGGAUUUCCCCUAUAGUGAAGAACCUAGCUAAUUUGCUUUCACUUUGAGGCGGUUCAAAAUGAACAUUUUUAAAUAAAAAUACUUUGUUUUCAAGAUAAAAUUCGCAAAAAAUUUCUUGCUUUAUAUUUCAUUUGAUAACAGUGAAUCCUCACAAUAAUAUGCCACAUCACUGCCUCUUUGAGAUGCUACUUCUUUUUAAUGGGGAUCAUACAGAUUCUUUUAUUCAAUAUCAAAUGCAUGUCAUUUAAAAAAAUGCUCAUUUAACUUUAAAUGUGACUAAAUAUUAAUUUUUGCUUAUAACAAUCACUUAUUUAUACUUAUAGAGGGAAGUUUUAUUGAAAAAUAUACUUAAAGAGAUUGGUAUCCUUUGAAUUUUUUCAGUCAUUGCAAAUAAGAACAAUGUUGUGUAAACAAUUUGUACAUAGCAACUUGUGUUGCAUGGUUUAUGGAAAAAUAAAUUAUGUGCGUGAAUGCUGAACUCAAAUUAAGCUAUCCUCUUUUUUUAAACUCUAAAGUAUUAAUGAAUGUGCUAUUUUUCUAAAUUCUAAAUUUUUUAAAUGUCUAAAUUACUGAUUAGUCCUUGUGUACAUUUUCAUGAAAUAACAUGUAAUAUUGUGACAGUUAAAAAUAAGUUUUGAUAAUGCUGGAACUCAAACUGGCCUGUACUGUAGUAAAGAUCAGUCUUUGCCACUACUGUUGUGAUGUGUGUAAAAUGUAUUUAAUGACUAAUUUCAUAACUUUUGUUUUUCAAUUGAAUAGCUUGAAACUCGCCAUUUUCAUAUUAAAAUAUUUGCAUUUAAAUAUGGACUUCUUUUGCUUUAGCUAUUUGUAACUUCAAAAACCAAAGUGUUAAUUUAUUUCAAUAAAAUAAUUAGGAAUAAUGAUUUUCAAUAUUGUUCGAUGAAAAAAAAACAAAAUGAGCAUAAAUGUGUUACAAGGUAGUUUAUUUUUAGAAAAAAUUACCUUUCCAACUUUUAUGUACAAGAGCUGAGAAAUGCAAACUGCAUCCAGAUGUAUAGAUAAAAUCAAAUAUUAAAUGUCUUUUCCUGACCAUUUUUUGUAAAUACAUUAUAAUAAGCAAACAACAGCACUAAAGGCAAAUGCAGUGCAUUGUCAACAGUUCUUAAGCACAGCCUGUGUCUAGCGUCUCUUUGAAGAACAGUGCUUUUUCAUCUUGUUAAUGGUCUGUGAUGAUACCAGGCCACAGCGGUGGGCUAGGGUUUCUAGAAGUACAAUUGCUUUUCACCUUGUAGUGGUCUGUCAUGAUACCAGUCCACACGCACUCUGCUGUAAUGUGGAUGACUCAGUCACAGUGAAAAGGUUUGAAAAGCAUGAUUCUAUUAUAGAAUGUGCAUUAAUUUUUUCUAAAAGGGGCUUAAAAUUUUUAUAUAUAUUUAAUCAUAUCAGCUUUGACUCAGUUCUAAUGUUUAUCAUCUAGAGUGCAGAUGCAUAAACAGUACUGAAAAGGGGGUGGGGCUUUUGCUUAGUUGAUAUGCCAGGGAUAUGCUUCUCCAUUUGAUGGGAGUUUCAGAUAUAGUGAAGAUUUUAAAAAAAAAAAAAAAAAAAAA